GUUUAUUGAUUACAGUCUUACAGCUAUUAAAUAUUUUGUCCAAAGUUCAUGUUUCUUGAUUUAUGGAAGCUUAUUUAUGAAAUGUGAACUUUGUAAUAGGCCUACAUUCAGUAUUCAGAUAAUCUUAACUGGAGAAUCUUAAAUGCAAAUCCAGACAUAACAUACAGUUCUAGGGGUCACCCAUUGACUUGUGUAACAUAAUGAUUUGCUGGUUGGAGCACAUUGUCUUCACAGUAGUGGUUGCUGUCCUAGUGAAGAUUGGAAUCAAUGAAGGGACUGAAGGUGUGCUGCGUACCAUUGUGGUCACCCUCAAGGCAGUGCCAGGUGUAAACUGGCUUAUUCAUCUGGUCCUUAGAAGUGAAGUGAGGGGAUUUGUCAAACAAAUUGAAACCAAACAAGGCAAGAAACAAUCCACAGGGCCAAGAGUGACAAUCCCAGCCAAAGGUGUACCACAUGAUGAGCUUUACAAAGAAAUGGAGGUGCUAAAGCAGGGAGAAAUUGAUCCAGAAGAUGGAAAAAUAUUUGCAUACGUCUACACUGCUGGCAGUGAGAACUUCAAGAUACAACAGAAAGCAUUUUCUCUAUUUUGUGAGAAGACUGGUUAUUCAGGGGACCAUGAUGCCUUGGUGACAGCUUUCCACCACGCCUUCAUGCAUGAGAAUGCACUCAACCCAAUGGUCUUCCCAAGUCUCAGGCGUAUGGAAACAGAGGCAAUUAGCAUGUCAGCUGGAAUGUUGAAUGGAGAUGACGAGGUGGUGGGAUCGUUGACAAGUGGCGGAACAGAGAGCAUCUUGAUGGCUGUGAAAACAUACAGGGACAGAGCAAAGAAACUGUUUCCACAGAUAAAGGAACCAGAAAUGGUGGCUCCCAUUACCAUCCACCCUGCAUUUGAGAAGGCUGGCCAUUACUUUGGUGUUAAGAUUGUGCACACUGCUCUUGGGAAGGACUAUAAGGCAGUGCCUGGACUCAUUAGGAGGGCCAUCACUAGGAACACUAUAGCAAUAUUAUGCUCAGCUCCCCAGUAUCCACACGGGGUAGUUGAUCCAGUAUCAGAACUUUCAGAUUUAGCAGUAGAUAAAGGUCUUCCACUGCAUGUAGAUGCAUGCUUUGGUGGAUUCAUGCUUCCAUGGGUGGAAAAACUCGGCUACACAGUUCCAGUGUUUGAUUUUCGACUUCCUGGUGUCACAUCAAUGUCUGCUGAUAUACAUAAGUAUGGGUUUGGUGCUAAGGGAGCUAGUGUAGUGCUAUACAGAAAUGCUGAAAUCCGCAAGUUCCAGAUAUUUGCAUAUGCUGAUUGGCCUGGUGGUCUGUUUGGUUCACCUUCUAUGGCUGGUACAAGACCAGGUGGUAAUAUUGCUGCAGCAUGGGCCGCUCUGAAGGGAAUGGGAGUUGAGGGCUACAUGAAUAUGGCAAAACAGCUCAUGGAUACAACAGUCCGAUUAAAAGAAGGAAUUAAUAAAAUUGAGGGGUUACAAAUUUUAGGUGACCCCCACAUGACAGCAUUUUCGAUUGGUUCAACUGACUCGGAAAUUGAUAUCCUGGCUUUGGCUGACAAUAUGGAAGAAAAGGGUUGGAAAGUUGAACGACAACAAAAACCAAGUUCUCUCCAUUGCACCAUUAUGCCCCAUCAUGUAAAUGUCGUGGACGAGUUGUUAGAAGCUAUGAGGGAAAGUGCCAAAGCUGUCAAGUCAAACAAAGCUCUGUCGAAGAAAGGAAGUGCCGCUAUGUAUGGAAUGGUUGGAAAUAUUCCUGACAAUGGAAUAGUCAAUGACUUUCUAGUUGAAUUCUUUAGUGAAAUGUACAAAUAGUGUGCUUGAGACUGUGAAUUCUACAAAUAUGAACAACUUUGAACCACAUCUGGAACUCUAUUUCAAAAACUCUGUACUGGCUACUGAAUUGCCAAUCAUUGCCUUUUCUAUCAGAAUAUAUUUUUGCUGGAAUAUCUGCAAUUGUUUUACAGUGUUAUUAUUUCAAGAGAAAAGCUCAUACAUAGAUAUAGACAAAUAAAUAUGCCACCAACAUUAAUUAUGAUCUUGCCUCAAUGAAACAAAUUACCCUUUUUGUGAGGUACUGGGUGGGGUGGUAUCUGAAUAUUACUUUAUUGGUAAGUCACUCUCAUGAGGUAGUUAAACUUAAAAAUAGUCUCCAAGACAUUCCUUGACAUUAUUGUAACCCUCAUCCUCUUGUGUAUCAACAUAGAACAUCUGUGCAUUUAUAUCAAAGAUGCAUCAGGGAUGAUGAGAUUCAGUUUUGCAACCCCCCCCUAAAUCCUAAUAAAUACCUCAUAUCUCAUAUCCACAGUUGAAGAUAUACAGUGAGAGGGGUCCAAAGAC